CCAGAACGCCUUUCGAACGAAGGCUCUAGGGCUGUAUUACGUGUCUCGAUAGCCCCAGAAUCGUCCGUGCACAAUGCCAAAACCGGAAAAGACUGAGGAGGACCCCGAUCCUACCCCAUAUCUUUUCGUUUCUCUUGAACAGAAACGUAUCGACCAAACCAAGCCCUACGAUGCCAAGAAAUCAUGCUGGGUCCCGGACGAGAAGGAGGGCUUCGUACUUGGUGAAAUCAAGGGCACCAAGGGUGACCUCGUCACCGUCGGCCUCCCCGGCGGAGAGGAGAAGAACUUCAAGAAGGAGCAAGUAGGCCAGGUCAACCCUCCCAAGUACGAAAAAUGCGAGGAUAUGUCCAAUUUGACGUAUCUCAAUGAUGCUUCCGUUUUGCAUAACCUCAAGCAAAGAUACUAUGCUAAACUUAUUUAUACCUAUUCUGGCCUUUUCUGCGUCGCCAUCAACCCCUACAAGCGCUUCCCCGUCUACACCAACCGCUGCGCUAAACUCUACCGUGGCAAGAGGCGUAAUGAAGUACCACCCCACAUUUUUGCCAUUUCUGACGGCGCCUACGUGAACAUGUUGACCAACCACGAAAAUCAAUCCAUGUUGAUUACUGGUGAGUCUGGUGCCGGGAAAACUGAAAACACGAAGAAGGUAAUCGCGUAUUUCGCCACUGUUGGUGCUUCAACGAAGAAAUCUGAAGAACAAGCGAAGAAAGGCAACUUGGAGGAUCAAGUCGUGCAAACUAAUCCUGUGCUUGAAGCUUUCGGUAACGCCAAGACCGUGCGUAAUGACAACUCGUCGCGUUUUGGUAAAUUCAUCCGUAUCCAUUUCGGUCCAACUGGUAAACUCGCUGGUGCUGAUAUUGAAACUUAUUUGCUUGAGAAGGCUCGUGUCAUCUCCCAACAAUCCUUGGAGCGUUCUUACCACAUCUUCUACCAGAUGAUGUCCGGUGCCGUCAAAGGCCUCAAGGAGAUGUGUUUGUUGUCUAACAACGUCAGUGACUACUACUUCGUGGCUCAGGGUAAAACCACUAUUCCUAAUGUCGAUGAUGCUGAGGAACUCUUAAUCACCGACCAAGCCUUCGACGUAUUAGGCUUCACGCAAGAGGAAAAAGACAACAUUUACAAAAUCACUGCCGCUGUCAUGCACAUGGGUUGCAUGAAAUUCAAGCAAAGAGGUCGCGAAGAGCAGGCCGAACCUGAUGGUACUGAAGAGGGUGAACGCGUUGCGAAACUUUUAGGCAUUGAGGCGCCUGGGUUGUACAACGCUUUGUGCAAACCCAGGAUUAAGGUCGGCGCUGAAUUCGUCACCCAGGGGCGUAAUGUCAACCAAGUCAACUAUUCGGUUGGUGCCAUGUCCAAGGCCAUGUUUGACAGGUUGUUCAAGUUCUUGGUCAAGAAAUGUAACGAGACUUUGGACACCAAGCAAAAAAGACAGCACUUUAUUGGUGUAUUGGAUAUCGCCGGUUUUGAGAUUUUCGACUAUAACGGUUUUGAGCAACUGUGUAUUAACUUUACCAAUGAGAAACUGCAACAGUUCUUUAACCAUCACAUGUUUGUACUUGAACAAGAAGAGUACAAAGCUGAGGGUAUCCAAUGGACGUUUAUUGAUUUUGGCAUGGAUUUGUUAGCCUGUAUUGAGUUGAUUGAGAAGCCCAUGGGUAUUUUAUCCAUCCUUGAAGAAGAGUCUAUGUUCCCCAAAGCCACCGAUAAGACAUUUGAGGAGAAGUUGAACACCAAUCAUUUGGGCAAAUCACCCAACUUCUUGAAACCUAAACCACCAAAGCCUGGACAACAAGCCGCCCACUUUGCGAUUGGUCACUACGCGGGUAAUGUACCCUACAACAUCACCGGUUGGUUGGAGAAGAACAAGGAUCCCUUGAACGACACUGUUGUCGAUUUGUACAAAAAGGGAACCAACAAGCUUUUGGUUGAGAUUUUCGCUGAUCAUCCUGGACAAUCUGGAGGUCCUGAUGCUGGUGGCGGCAAGGGUGGGAAGAGACCCAAAGGUUCAGCCUUCCAGACUGUUUCAAGUUUAUAUAGGGAACAAUUGAACAACCUCAUGACCACCUUGCGUUCGACCCAACCCCACUUCGUCCGUUGCAUCAUCCCCAACGAGUUGAAACAACCUGGAGUGAUCGAUUCCCACUUGGUGAUGCACCAGUUGACUUGCAACGGUGUACUUGAAGGUAUCCGUAUUUGCCGGAAAGGAUUCCCCAAUAGGAUGGUUUACCCGGACUUUAAACUCCGUUACAAGAUCUUGAAUCCCGCCGCCGUCGAUAAGGAAUCCGAUCCAAAGAAAUGUGCUGGUCUUAUCCUUGAAGCUACAAGUCUUGACCCUGACUUAUACCGUUUAGGUCACACCAAGGUAUUCUUCCGCGCCGGUGUGUUGGGUCAGAUGGAGGAGUUGCGCGACGAGCGUCUUGGUAAAAUCGUCACUUGGAUGCAAUCCUGGGUCCGCGGUUACCUCUCAAGGAAAGAGUUCAAGAAACUGCAAGAACAACGUUUGGCCCUCCAAGUGUGCCAGCGGAACCUCCGCAAAUACCUCAAACUCCGCACUUGGCCUUGGUACAAACUAUGGCAGAAAGUCAAGCCUCUCCUCAACGUCACUCGCAUCGAGGAUGAGAUUGCGAAAUUGGAGGAGAAAGCCGCUAAAGCACAAGAAGCCUAUGAGAGGGAAGCCAAAGCCAAGAAGGAAUUGGAAGGACUCUACUCAAAACUCUUGGCCGAGAAGACGGAACUCUUGUCCAGUCUUGAGGGAGAAAAGGGGUCGCUUUCCGAAGUCCAAGAACGAGCCAACAAGCUUCAAGCCCAAAAGAGCGAUCUUGAAUCACAAUUAUCCGAAACUCAAGACCGUCUCAGCCAAGAGGAGGAUGCUCGCAACCAAUUAAUGCAACAGAAGAAGAAACUCGAGCAAGAAAUCUCCGGUUACAAGAAAGACAUUGAAGAUCUCGAACUCAAUCUCCAGAAAUCCGAGCAAGAUAAAGCGACCAAAGACCACCAAAUCCGCAAUUUGAACGACGAAAUCGCCCACCAAGACGAGCUCAUCAACAAGCUCAACAAAGAGAAGAAACUCGGGGGUGAAAACACCCAAAGAAUCGCCGAGGAGCUCCAAGCAGCCGAAGACAAAGUCAACCAUUUGAACAAAGUCAAAGCCAAGCUCGAGCAAACUCUUGACGAACUCGAAGACUCCCUCGAACGCGAGAAGAAACUCCGCGGUGAUGUUGAAAAGUCCAAACGCAAGGUUGAGGGCGACCUCAAAUUGACACAAGAGGCCGUCGCUGACCUCGAACGCAAUAAGAAGGAACUGGAACAGACCAUCCAACGCAAAGACAAGGAAAUCUCCUCGUUGACUGCCAAACUCGAAGAUGAGCAAUCCGUUGUUGGUAAACUCCAGAAACAAAUCAAGGAACUCCAAGCCAGGAUUGAGGAGUUGGAGGAAGAAGUCGAAGCUGAGCGUCAAGCUCGUGCCAAGGCUGAGAAACAAAGAGCCGACUUGGCCAGGGAAUUGGAGGAGUUGGGCGAACGUUUGGAGGAGGCUGGAGGUGCCACUUCCGCUCAAAUUGAACUCAAUAAGAAACGCGAAGCUGAAUUGGCGAAAUUGAGGAGGGAUUUGGAAGAAGCUAACAUUCAACACGAAUCGACUUUGGCCAACUUGAGGAAGAAACACAACGAUGCCGUGUCGGAAAUGGGUGAACAAAUCGACCAAUUGAACAAACUCAAAGCAAAGGCUGAAAAAGAAAAGGCUGCAUACUUUGGAGAACUGAACGACCUUCGGGCCUCAGUCGAUCAUUUGGCCAACGAAAAGGCCGCUGUUGAGAAAGUCUCCAAACAACUCCAACAACAACUCAAUGACGUCCAAGGCAAACUCGAUGAGACCAAUCGCACUCUUAACGACUUCGACGCCGCCAAGAAGAAGCUCUCCAUUGAAAACUCCGAUUUGUUGCGCCAAUUGGAAGAAGCCGAGAGUCAAGUGUCCCAAUUGAGCAAAAUCAAAGUCUCACUCACCACCCAAUUGGAGGAUACUAAGAGACUCGCUGAUGAAGAAGGUCGCGAAAGAGCCACUCUUUUGGGUAAAUUCCGCAACUUGGAACACGAUUUGGACAACAUCCGCGAACAAGUUGAAGAAGAAGCUGAAGCUAAAGCCGAUAUUCAACGCCAAUUGAGCAAAGCUAACGCCGAAGCCCAAUUGUGGAGACAGAAAUACGAAUCUGAAGGAGUUGCCAAAUCUGAGGAGCUUGAAGAAGCCAAGAGGAAACUCCAAGCUAGACUUGCCGAAGCUGAAGAAACCAUCGAGUCACUCAACCAGAAGGUUGUAGCUUUGGAAAAGACCAAACAAAGACUCUCCACCGAAGUCGAAGACUUGCAAAUUGAAGUCGACCGUGCUAAUGCCAUCGCCAACGCUGCUGAGAAGAAACAGAAAGCUUUUGAUAAGAUUAUCGGUGAAUGGAAACUCAAAGUCGAUGAUUUGGCUGCAGAACUCGACGCCAGUCAGAAGGAAUGUCGCAACUACUCCACCGAACUCUUCCGUCUCAAAGGUGCCUACGAGGAAGGCCAAGAACAACUCGAAGCCGUCCGUCGCGAAAACAAGAACUUGGCCGAUGAAGUUAAAGAUCUCCUUGACCAAAUUGGUGAAGGUGGUCGCAAUAUUCACGAAAUUGAAAAAGCCCGUAAACGUCUCGAGGCCGAGAAAGACGAACUCCAAGCCGCUUUGGAGGAAGCUGAAGCUGCUUUGGAACAAGAAGAAAACAAAGUCUUGCGUUCACAACUCGAAUUGUCUCAAGUACGUCAAGAAAUCGACCGUAGAAUCCAAGAGAAGGAGGAAGAGUUUGAAAACACCCGUAAGAACCACCAACGCGCCCUUGACUCAAUGCAAGCCUCACUUGAAGCUGAAGCUAAAGGUAAAGCUGAGGCGCUUCGCAUGAAGAAGAAGCUUGAAGCUGAUAUCAAUGAACUUGAAAUUGCUCUUGACCAUGCUAAUAAGGCUAAUGCUGAAGCUCAGAAGACUAUUAAACGUUACCAACAACAACUCAAGGACACUCAAACCGCUCUUGAGGAGGAGCAACGUGCUCGUGAUGAAGCCCGCGAGCAACUUGGAAUCUCCGAACGCCGAGCCAAUGCUCUCCAGAAUGAACUCGAAGAGAGUAGGACUCUUCUCGAGCAAGCUGACCGUGCUCGUCGUCAAGCCGAACAAGAAUUGGGUGAUGCUCAUGAGCAACUCAACGAUUUAUCUGCUCAAAACUCUUCACUUUCUGCCGCCAAGAGGAAACUCGAAACUGAGCUCCAAACUCUUCAUUCUGAUCUUGAUGAGCUUUUGAACGAAGCUAAGAACUCAGAAGAGAAGGCUAAAAAGGCCAUGGUCGACGCUGCUCGUCUUGCUGAUGAGCUCCGCGCUGAGCAAGACCAUGCUCAGACUCAGGAGAAGCUCCGCAAAGCUCUUGAGACCCAAAUCAAGGACUUGCAAGUGCGUUUGGACGAAGCUGAAGCUAAUGCGCUCAAAGGUGGGAAGAAACUCAUCCAGAAGUUGGAACAACGUGUCCGCGAAUUGGAGAAUGAGCUUGAUGGUGAGCAACGAAGACACGCCGAUGCUCAGAAGAACUUGAGGAAAUCCGAACGUCGUAUCAAAGAGUUGAGCUUCCAAGCGGAAGAAGACCGCAAGAACCACGAACGUAUGCAAGAUUUGGUUGAUAAACUCCAACAGAAGAUCAAGACCUACAAGAGGCAGAUUGAAGAAGCUGAAGAAAUUGCUGCUUUGAAUUUGGCCAAGUUCAGGAAGGCUCAACAGGAGUUGGAAGAAGCUGAAGAACGUGCCGAUCUUGCCGAACAAGCCAUUGCUAAAUUCCGCGCGAAGGGACGUGGGGGAUCUGUCGCCAGAGGAGGCAGCCCAGCGCCCCCGAGACAGCGCCCCCAGAUGGACGGUCUCACCUUCCCCCCAAGGUUCGACCUGGCCCCUGAUGACCUCUAAGCGCUGUGUAACGAACUUUUCGGCGGAUAAACCACCACAUCCGUCUUAACCACACAUUCAUUUUUUUUCUUUUAUUUUUUAUUUUUUGUUUAGGGUUGUAUUUUGAAUGAUUCCGUUGCCCAUUAUGCAUACGAACUAGGGGAAAUAAGGGUAAAAAGAGACACGUACUUCCAUCCAAACAGCCCUUACAGUCUCCGAGUUCUCAUUGCCAUCAUAUAUUUUAUAUUAGGUUCUAAAAUUGUAUUGUAUGUGUGACAUGUAUGGCUUAAGGCACCAAUAAACAAGUUAUAUCUCGUUA